AUGGACAUGUCUUCAGUUGGGUGUCGUGAGUGUUGUCAAUGUCGUGAGUGUCGUGAGUGUCGUGAGUGUCGUGAGUAUCGCGAGUAUCGCGAGUGUCGUAAGUGUCGUGAGUAUCGCGAGUGUCGUAAGUGUCGUGAGUAUCGCGAGUAUCUCAUUGGUAUCGUUAGUGUCGUGAGUGUCGUGAGUAUCGCGAGUGUCGUGAGUAUCGUUAGUAUCGCGAGUAUCGCGAGUGUCGUGAGUGUCGCGACACUAGUGUCGGUGUCGUAUCGGUAUCGCGACACCGAUACCGACACUCAGUGUCGCGACACCGACACUCAAAUUUCAAUCUCUACUUACAAUCGAUUUAUAUUAAAUUUAUUUAUAGCAGAUAGUAGCGUCGAAUCAAGUAAAACGUUUUACCAGGAUAAUUUUAAGGAACCGGAAUAUAUAGGAGAAGGUGCGUUCGGCACUGUCUAUAAGGCCGUAGAUAAAUUGGACGGCCAGGUGUACGCCAUUAAAAUUAUCGUGCGCUCACAAUAUGUGGUCCAGUAUUACCACUCAUGGUUUGACAACAAUCUGCUGUACAUUCAAAUGGAGUAUUGCCCGCAAAGUCUGCGGUCAGUGCUUAACGAUAAAGGGCUGGCAUUUGGCCGACAAUUGCCGGAACAGCCGAUGAAUUCGUACGAGUAUUACAUUUCGUGCGAAAUAUUUCGGGAACUUUUACAGAGUGUCCAAUAUUUACACGAACUAAAGCCGCAGAUAAUCCAUCGGGAUCUCUAUCCGGAUAACGUAUUGAUUAAUUUGCCACCUCCUAAUAUGCAAGUGCCUCAUGUUUGUGAAGAGUGGAGAUUUAUUAAGCUAGCUGACUUUGGUCUGGCCACUCUACACGACCCAGAUGUGCACUAUAGAACCAAUCAGAAUCAUACACGUGAUGUGGGUAAUAUUAGAUAUCAGGCGCCCGAAGUGUCAAAUGGUCAGAAAUAUGGCCACAAAUCAGAUGUCUAUAUGUUGGGCCAAAUUGGGGGCGAAUUGUUUGAUCUAGCGCUCAAUGUCAAGACAUUAGAUGCCUAUCCGCAUAACCACGGUCUAAUCCGACCGGUCGCCUGA